UUUUUACUUAAAAAAAAAAAUCAAUUUCAGUCAUUGAAACAUGCAUCAUCUUUGAUUAUUAGCAAAUUCUUAAACUAUCUUAUGCGUCAUGGCAAUAAGGUAUUAUCUAGAAAAUUAUUGGAAAGUACAUUUGAAAAUAUUAAAAUGUUACAAUUACAACGUUACAAUGCAGCUUCCCCUGAAGAGAAACAAUUUAUUCUUUUGGACCCAAAACAAAUUUUUCAUCGUGCUGUAGAAAAUUGUACACCUAUAUUAGAAAUAAAAAAGAUCAAGAAAGGUGGAAUUUUUUACCAGGUUCCAGUACCACUUACCGUUGAAAGAUCUAGAUUUCUAGCAAUGAAUUGGUUAAUUCAAAUUGCUCGAGAUAAGGACGAUAAUCUUAGAUAUCCUGUAUCGUUAGCAAAAGAAAUGAUUGAUGCUGCUAAUAAUAAGGGUCGAGUUAUUAAAAGGAAGCACGACUUACAUAAACUUUGUGAAGCAAAUCGUGCUUAUGCACAUUUUAGAUGGAUGUAAAUGGGAAAAGAGCUGCGAUAAUCUUACAAGUUACACAUUCAUACCAAAAAUAGAGUCAAUGUUCAUACCAUCGUUCAUUUAUAAAGUAAGAAUAUAGUUAUACAUGUGAAUAUCAUGAAUUAGUUGUGUACAUUAAAUAUAUUUGAAAAAUGAUCUCCUUUAA